ACAGCAUGUCGGGUUCAUGUAGACACCACCACAGACAGUUUAUAUAACGGACAACAGACACUCUGUCCUCAGAGAAAUGGCCUCUGACGAUGCUUUUAAAGUCUCCUCUCUGAGGGGGAAAGUCACUCUGGUGACCGGGGCCAGCUCGGGCAUCGGGGCAGGGACGAGUCUCCUCUUCGCUAAACUCGGAGCUUCGCUGGCUCUGAACGGACGAGACGUGGAGAACCUGGAGAAGGUGGCUCAGCAGUGCGUCGACUGUGGGGCUGCUCAGCCUCUGCUCGUUCCCGGAGACCUGACGGACGAGGAGACGGUGAAGAAGACGGUGGAGCAGACCAUCGCUCACUUCGGCCGCCUGGACGUCCUGGUGAACAGCGCCGGUAUCCUGGCCAUGGGCGGCAUCGAGACGUCGGACCUGGCCCAGUACGACCGAGUCAUGAACAUCAACGUCAGAUCUGUCUACCAUCUGACUCAACUGUGUGUCCCACACCUGAUUAAGACCAAAGGCUCCAUCGUCAACGUGUCCAGCGUCAAUGGACAGAGAUCAUUCCCUGGUGUGUUGGCCUACUGCAUGUCCAAGUCGGCCAUCGACCAGUUCACACGCUGUAUAGCACUCGAGCUGGCUUCAAAGCAAGUCCGAGUGAACUCUGUGUGCCCAGGUGUGAUUAUCACAGAUGUCCACAAGAGAGCAGGACUGGAUGAGGAGCAGUACGCUCAGUUCCUCGCCAAGUGUAAACUGACCCACGCCCUGGGUCGACCAGGAGAGGUGGAGGAAGUGGCCCAGAGCAUCGCCUUCCUGGCGUCCGACGCUUCCAGCUUCAUCACCGGAGUCAACCUACCUGUGGACGGCGGUCGCCACGCCAUGUGCCCGAGAUGAGGCUGUGCAUUUUAACACAGAGCGGUCUGCUAAUAUAAAACUUUCAAACUCU